CUUGCCGGCAGCUCACGGGCUCACCCACAAUCGCCGCUUCCCCGCCAGCCGCCCAUCCUUCAUUUUAUUCAUCCGACAGCCACGAAUUGAGGUUUGAAUGGAUGAGUUGUUGCAGAACCAUUUGUUUGCAACUCAUGCAAUUGUCGCUUCAGGUUCUGUGGUAUUCGCCACUGCUCUUACUUACCCUUUUGACGCUAUCAAAUCACUUAUUCAGGUUGGUUCAGGUUCCAGUAAGCAAUUAACCGCCUCUCAGGUUAUAAAUCGAGUUCGAGCUUUGUCAGGAAAUUCAGGUUUGUAUAGUGGCUUUGAGUGGUUGGCCUGGGGGAGAAUUUUUGGUUUGGGAGCUCGCUUUGGAAUAUAUGAAGUUUUGACAGCCUUCUGUAAAGAUGGUCGAGAAGACAAUUAUGUGUAUGUCUCUGAGGCCCUUAUGGCAGGAAUGGCAGCUGGUGCUGUGGAGUCGCUAACAAGCUCGCCUUUUGAACUUAUUAAACUUCGCGCGCAAGUGACCUCUGCUUCUCGCUUUUCAAGAUCGACUCCAGUAACAGAAAAUAAAUCUGUUGUGCCAGCAAUUGCCCGAUUACUAUGUGGAUAUACACCAGAGAUGAGAACAUUGAACCAUUCGGUAGGAAUGUUGUCCAUCUUAAACAGCAAACAUCCUAAUAUGGUUGGUGCCAUACAAGAUUACCCCUGGAUGAUGACUGGGUCUGGGAAGCCACCACCAGUUUAUGAUGUUCGGAGGCCAUCCCAAAUCAUUUCUUUGGAAGGAUGGGGUGCAUUAUGGAGAGGCCUUCGUUCUGGAGUUGCUCGAGACUCUAUAUUUGGUGGCAUAUUCUUCUCCACUUGGCAAUUUUUACAUCGAGCAAUGCUAGACUGGAAGGCAGUUGGGAUGGAUCCCCUACCCAGGUGUGACGAAGAAAUUGGUCCACUCUCCCCUUUAGCUGUUAGUCUUGCAGCUGGGUUUUCAGGUUCAGUUGCUGCUGCUGCAUCUCACAGUUUUGACACUGCCAAAAGUCGAUCACAAUGUAUAGUGUUGCCCAAGUUCAUUUCAAUGGAGAGAAAGCUUCUCAAGUGGAAAAUACCAGGGAAAAGAUUUGAGAGAAUUACAGGGAUUCACCCGGCAGACAGAAAUGUCUUAUAUCAUGGCAUUUGGCCACGGAUGGCUCGUAGUGGGAUAGCAUCAUUCUUGUUAGUGGGAAGUUAUUAUUUGUCCAUUAAUUAUCUUGUUUCAAGUAAUUGAUAAUUUGAGCAUGUAAUUCAUUAUCUAAAAAGAAUGUUCACGAAUCAGGUUGGGUUAGUUCACUUCUUUUUAAAAUAAAAUUCAUUUUUAUAA